AUGUCCAUGGAAACUGGCAACAGAAUACCUGCCACCUUUUUCCCAAAGGGUCUGGUUGAUCUAACACUGAGAUUGGAGGAUACGACUCUGGAUCCAUGGGUUCUCCCACAGGGUCUAGAGGUACUGCAUAUCAGUGGUAAUAAAUGUCCAGUAUCACCAGAGUUUAUUCCAGACUCUGUUAAGGACUUAACGGUAGAUGUUUCUAAUCCUAGUCAAGCAAUAUUCCCUAGCGGACUAGUCAAAUUGACAACAUCAACCAAUUACAAUGCUCCUUUCAACUAUCCACCCACUCUUCGUGAAUUGAUAUUCAAUCGAGAUAAAUGUCCUCCACCAGUCAUCUACUUGCCAACAUCUCUUGAAGAAUAUACUUGUUUCGUUGUUAAAAUCAAAGAUAAAUCAGUAUAUUCGCUUCCAACAACCAAAGUAAUCAACAAUGAUAAUAGUUCAAUAACAGAUAAUCCUCUUCAUUUCAUACUACCACAUCGUCUCAAGAAGAUUAAUGGAAUUUUUAAAAAUUUCUUUUCCAAAGAUAAUAGUUUCAGUUUUAGAAUUGAUCCAAUCAUCAAUUGUUCAAAUGUUGAACAAUUAACUAUCGAUGCUUGUUUGGAUAUCUACAUUAGAAGAUUAGACAAUGGUGAUGUAAUGAUAAACUCUAGUGGUUCAUUUUUUGGUGGAAUUUAUAGACAACAGAGAAUAUUCAUGGGUAAUACUCGUAUUGAAAAUAGAAGUGUCCUCGAUUUCCCAGCACUCUAUUUAAAUUUUAAAUCAAAAGCUAAUCACUUUUAUUGGGAAUGUUACUUGGAUAUAAAUUUACAAUUCAUCGAUGACCAUUUUUAUCCAACACUAUCGGUUUUAUUUGACAAAGAGCUUAUGGAAAAGGAACUAGCCAGUUUUAUCAAAGAGUCUGAUAGUAUCCCAGAAAAAUCGACACGGUACUAUCCAAAAGAAAUGGUUUCAACAUCUUUAGAUAAACAAAAAAAAGAUGAAGAUGAAGAAGAAGAAGACGAUGAUGGCGAUGAUGAAGAAGAAGAAGAAGAAGACUGGUUAAACUAUCAAAAAAGUGACAUUAUUGAUUGGCACCAUCACAAUGUGAAUUCAUUCAAACAAGAUAAAUCACCAGUUCUACAUAUCAAAAUGAAAAUAGAGGUGGUUGAUUUUAUUCAUCGAAACAGAACGGAAUCCUUUUCAGCUAAAGACUUGGAAAAAAUUCAUAAUAUUAACAUACUCAGAUAUCUUCAACAUUAUCGUCCAGAUCUUGUAAUAGGAUCAUCUCUUUUUGAUCGUUCAAUCAUAAAUCAAAAAUACGAGCAAAUGAAAAGAGAACACCUAUCAAAGCUCCCAUCAGGUUCAGAUCCUUUCUUCAAGUACGAUACCAAACUCAUCAGCCGUUUGAUGCCAUCCGAAUCAUUUUCACAAGAUAUUAACAUGCAAAUCAUCGAUACUGGACUAGUCUGUGAAGUCGACGAAGAAAAACGAGAUGAUUUUAUCCAAAAAAUUUACAACAACAAGGUGAAACUUACCAAGCCAAUUCUUGACUACCUAUACAAUAAUGGUGUACCAUUCAAGGAAUACAUAAUCGAUUCUCUUUUGGAUAUUGGAGACGAGCGACUCAAUGACAUUGACCCAAAGGAGUUUUUGGAAACUCAUGUCCAUAAUUGCGCUUCCUAUGAAAAUACUCAACACCUUGCCACCCGUUUGCUCUCAAUACAAAGGAACAUUCUUUAUCUCCUUGACAAUGGUGCACCAUUGUCAGUGUUUUCUGAAUUGGACCUCAAGAAAACAAGUGACUUUAAAGUAUUGCAACACAACCGACGAGAUUGCUUCAAAAUGGUCAUCGACAAAUUAAAAGAGGAAACCAAAGAUAUGGAUAUCGAAACUGGAAGAAAAACAAUAGAAUCGGUUGUUGAUAAAAUGGGUUUCGAUCGUUUGGGCGAGGGUACAGAAUGUUCAACCUUAAUGCUUGAAUAUUGUUUGGAGUUGAUCACCAAAGAUCUUCCAAGUGGAAUAUUAUCACAAGAAAUGAUGGAACAGAGAUGUGCAAAAUUGGUCAAACAUUACCAUUUCGAUCUUGCACUCGUAGUAUCCAAGUAUUUCAAUAUUGGAUUUGAUACAAUCAAGAAAUACAAAUUCUCUAAAAUACCCUUCCAAGCUGCCAUCUUUUUUGGCAACUCAUUCAACUUGGCCUUUGAAGAUUUCCCAAUCGAAUUAUUGUCAAAUCUUUCUCAAAAACAACAAGACUUUUUAAAAGAUAAAUUUCAUUUUCCAUCUACCAUAGUAAUCAACAAUGACAAUAGUUCACCAACAACCAAAGUAAUCAACAAUGAUAAUAGUUCACCAAAAGAUAAUCCUCAUUUUAUAUUACCAUAUCGUCUCAAAAAGAUACGAGUUAUGAAUAUCGAUAAAGAAAUACAACAUGAACACCAUCUCAAAACAAAAACAACAACAACAACAAAUAAUACAACUCAAACAUUGGCACCUGGAGGUGGGUUAUCAAACUUGCUGCUUUUAAAGAUCGUUGGCUAUCUAGAUGACAUUCAAGAUAUUGCAUGUCUGCUGAUGACUUGUAAAGCAUACUACAUUGCAUUCAGAGUCAACUAUACAAAUGUAAUCACCUUUAAAUAUGUUGAAAGAGAUGACGACUAUCAUAUCAUCAAGCAAUCUAUGAAGCCGUUUCAAGAAAUCUAUAAAGCAAGCUACGAUCAAAGAGGUUGGUUUAAUCUUGAUCGCAUUAUCCGCAACGAAACGGAACCACUUGAUUCACCUAUCGCGAUGAAAGACAAACCUAUACUUAUUAAUGCCACGGUCAAUCAAAAUAAUAUCACAAGAAUACCACCAACUCGCAAACUCACCAUCAUGGGAAACAACAUCGUCGACUGCAAUGUUAUCUUGUCUAAGCUUGCUGAUCCAAGAAUACUUGAAUCUCUCGAAAUAAGCAACCAACAUGACAACAUUGACCCGCUCCAAGUACCAUCGCUAAAGUCAUUAAACAUAUCUUUAACAACACAAUACUAUUAUAUUCAAUUCCCAUUGACACUAGUCGAAUUGAGUCUCAAAUAUAUUGACAAUGAACGUUUUAGUUUGGACCUUUUAAAACUAGAACAGCUCACCAAACUAAAGAUUGCCUCCAAUUGCCCCUACUAUAUUCACGCAAAAGACAUCAAGAUACCCAAAACGUCUCUCAAACACUUGUCAAUCCAAUUCAUUCUUUACGCCGAGUUUGAAGACUUUUUCCCAGACACUCUAGAGUCACUUGACCUUCAAGACAUUAAUUUUCUUGGUGAUGCAUUACCACCACCAAAUCUUAUCUCAAUGUCGAUUGGUAACUGUGAAAAGAUACUACCAGCCAACUACUUUCCAAGCAGUCUGAAGAGUCUAAAGUUUAUCUAUUGUUUCAAGUCUUUUUGCGCAGGUGCACUUCCAUUGGGUCUCGAAACACUGGAAUUUUUCUACUAUAAUGGUCCAGUAACACAAGAGUACAUCCCAGACACUAUCACUUCACUAACAAUCGACGAUACCUUGAAUACCUUCGUGCCGAGUGGUCUACAACACCUCACCUUUGGACCAGAUUCAGAUCAAGAUCCCCCUAUACAUUAUCCUUCAACGAUGCGAUCUAUUAACUAUCGAAACAGCCAUCCUCAAGAACCAAAGAUUAUAAACUUGCCCACCUCUCUAGAGUCGUUCUCUUGCGAUGCAGUAUGGGUCAAAACAACAAACAAAAACUCAGAAUUCCAACUUCCACCAACUAUGGUCGUCAACAAUGAUGACAGUCCCCUAUCAGGUAAUCCACCUCAUUAUGUUUUACCUUCACGUGUCACUCACUUGACCCUCCGCGCUCAGGUGGUCAAAACAGAAAGUAAAUUAAGUUUUAGAUUGGAUACAAUCAUCAAUUACUCAAAUGUACAAGAUCUAUCAAUUAUCAUAAAUAGUAAAAGAGAGAUGAAAUUUAAAAUCAGAAGAUUGGAACCAAACAGUGAAUACUUUAUGUUACACUCCAAGGACAGUUUUGAUGGAGCAAUCGUUAGACAAAAAAGAUUGUGCAACAAUAGUAUGGUUAAUAGAAGUAUUCUUGAAUAUUAUCCAUUGAAAUCAAUUCCAUUUAUAUCAAAGUAUUACUCCAAUAAAUUAUACGACGUUUGUAUUUAA